CGCCUCCACCGCCCGCCUGGCCCGGGUCCCGGGGCGCCGCCCCCUUCCCGGUCCUCACCCCGCACCUGAUGGCCCGCUCCUGGGCCUCGCGCCGGGCUCCCCUGUCCCUCUCCUCCCCUGCUCCUCGGUGACAUUCCGCGGCUCAGACACUUCCCCGCUCCCCGCGCUUCUAACCCCGACGGAAGCCACUCAAGUACCGGAGCGGCCAACCCCACGGCGUUCCCGAUUCUCCCUCCUGCAGCUCUCACUCCUCCGGUGCCGACGGGAGUGAAAGACCUUCCUCACUCCAGGGGCCUCCUCCUCCUCCUCCUCACUCUGGGGCAUUGCCGGAAAGAGCAAACAAAAAGGCGCUGGUGUAGGCUCCAAAAUAAACACAUCUGAAUUCAGGAUGGCAUCGACAGAGGCUCUUGUUGGAUUAAAAGUUGUCAAACAAACAAAAACGCUUUGGAAAAAGGGUUGAAUGCCUGCCUACACCCUCAGGCCCCACCAUGGAGAAGGGUGGUAACAUACAACUGGAGAUCCCUGACUUCAGCAACUCUGUCCUGAGCCAUCUAAACCAGCUGCGCAUGCAGGGCCGUCUCUGCGACAUCGUGGUCAACGUGCAAGGACAAGCCUUUCGGGCUCACAAAGUGGUACUGGCCGCCAGCUCUCCCUAUUUCCGGGACCACAUGUCCCUGAACGAGAUGAGUACUGUCUCCAUUUCGGUCAUCAAGAACCCCACAGUGUUUGAACAGCUCCUUUCUUUCUGUUACACGGGGCGGAUAUGCCUGCAGCUGGCAGAUAUCAUCAGCUACCUGACAGCUGCCAGUUUUCUGCAGAUGCAGCACAUUAUAGACAAGUGCACCCAGAUCCUAGAAGGCAUUCAUUUCAAAAUUAAUGUGGCUGAGGUCGAAGCAGAAUUAAGCCAAACGAGGACAAAGCAUCCAGAGAGACCUGCUGAGUCUCACAGGGUUACACCAACUCUAACCCGCUCCCUUAGCCCGCGACAGAAUGCCCCGAAGGGAAGCCGGCGAGGUCAGGUUAGUGCUGUGCUGGACAUCAGAGAGCUCAGUCCUCCCGGGGAGUCCACCAGCCCUCAGAUCAUUGAACAGAGUUCCGACGUAGAGAGCCGGGAGCCUAUUCUUCGGAUCAACCGAGCAGGACAGUGGUACGUGGAGACGGGAGUAGCAGACCGAGGGGCGCGGGGCGAUGAUGACGUGAGGGUUCUUGGAGCAGUGCACAUCAAGACGGAAAAUCUAGAGGAGUGGCUGGGGCCUGAGAAUCAGCCUUCCGGAGAAGACGGGAGCAGUGCCGAGGAAGUCACAGCCAUGGUGAUUGACACCACGGGCCAUGGUUCCGUAGCCCAGGAAAAUUACACUUUAGGGUCUUCAGGAGUCAAGGUGACUCGGCCAACAAGCAGUGAGAUUGACAGAUUUAGCCCCUCCGGCAGUGUUGUCCCCUUGACGGAGAGACACAGAGCCCGAAGUGAGUCUCCUGGGAGAAUGGAUGAGCCUAAGCAGCCCAGCUCCCAGGUAGAAGAAUCAGCCAUGAUGGGAGUAAGUGGCUAUGUGGAGUAUCUUCGAGAGCAAGAAGUAUCUGAGCGUUGGUUCCGGUACAACCCCCGUCUCACCUGCAUCUACUGUGCCAAAUCAUUCAACCAGAAGGGGAGCCUGGACCGGCACAUGCGCCUGCACAUGGGGAUCACACCGUUCGUCUGUCGCAUGUGUGGCAAGAAGUACACCCGCAAAGAUCAGCUGGAGUAUCACAUCCGCAAGCACACAGGCAACAAGCCCUUUCACUGCCAUGUUUGUGGGAAAAGCUUCCCCUUUCAGGCCAUCUUGAAUCAGCACUUUCGCAAAAACCACCCUGGCUGCAUCCCCCUGGAGGGGCCGCAUAGCAUCUCCCCUGAAACAACUGUCACAUCUCGAGGACAGGUCGAGGAAGAGUCACCUUCACAAGAAGAGACAGUUGUUCCUGGGGACAUUGCCCAGGGCUCUGUGUCCACCACUGGGCCAGACUGAAACAUCGAGGGGGAGGGGGCAGACCCUCUUCCCCUUUGGGCCGUCAGCAGCCGGCAGCAGGGCCAUGGGCUGGUACUCCGAUUCACAAAAUGCCACAUCACUAGGUCAGGAGAUGUUGCCAAACUAGAGGAUCAGCAACAUACACAGAAGCACUAGAGGCUUUCUACCCCCGUCCUCCUUCCCACCUCACACUUUGGAAAAUAUCAAGCAAAUCAACUUUCUAAUUCAGGGAUCAACAGCCUUGGUUUGUUAACUUUAUAAGAAAAAGAAAUUUUUUUAACAAAACAGUGAUAGAUGCUCAUUUAUCUACCAGUCACAUGUGAACAUUGUCCUUUGGUCCAUGUCAUGCUGGUGGCUGUCACCCACAUCUAAAAAACACAGCAGGAGCCGUGGUCAUUGGAACCAGCCAACCGUAUGAGGAACUUCUGUUCUUCCUUCCUGCCAGAAUGUGCAGCUUCAGAUUUCAAGGAGAGAAAAAAAGAAUCCUGGUGCUUCUUACUGUUUUGAAAGGUUAGACUUAUCUUUGCCCUGACUAGGCCUCUGCUGUGUUGUCCUGUUUCGGUAACAGUCAUGCUGGAGGCAGCAUCCGCUGAAGCACUUUAAGCAGCUGGAAGUGAAAUGACAGCAGUGUUUGCAAUAGGUACCACUAAGAUUGGGGGCUGGAGUGCUGGGUUGAGGUGAGGGGAGCAGAGGGUUUUGGGGUUUGCAAACGUGGAAUAGUACAGAGCCUUCUGCAACUUACUGCAACCACAGUGCUUGUAUAUCUUUGGAUAUUAGGAAAUGGCUCUAAUCCAGAUGAAUUAAUGUGUUAGGCUGACUACCAAAGUUUCCUCCACUUUGUUCGGCUCCUAGUUUCACAUAACAGCAAUAGUAUAUAUCAGAAAUGUCCCUUUUCAGUGAAAUGAGCCUGGAUUGUAUUUUUAAAUCCACAGGUCUCCCUGUUUGAUAACUUUUCUAUGAAAUUUUAAACACAUUUUUUUCUGCAGCUUUCUGAUUGAAGAAAUUCAACACUAUGGUUCUUAUUGCAGCCACAAUUCCAUUUCCUUUUACAUAAGUAAUAGUUUAUAUUUUCAGUCCAAUAGAAGAACCUCACUAAAUCCAUGUCUCAUGUCUGCCAUCCUAGUACUUCAUAAACCAACCAUCAGCAAAUUGCUGGUGACUCCAAGAGCUUUGCUUUUUAAUAUAGUACAGGGCAUUUACCAGAAAACAUCAGGCACAAUCAUGUUGCAAUAAAUUGAUCAAGGCAUCAGUUUUGAUCAGGUUUGAUUACUUAAUCAUUCCUAAGAUUUUUUAAAACUUCAAGAGACCUUUUUGGUAAUCCUGAGAUUCUUAAUCCAGCACUGAGAGUCAGGAGAAAUUAACCAAGCGUGUAGCUUUAGAUGCCCGGUUUUGUAUGCAGAGAAUGAGGGUGGAUUUUUAAGGGAUGCAGGCAAGUAGACGCUUACAGGUUACAGUGCAAAUAGAAAAGCAAAAAAUCUCAAGCUUCUCUUGAUGAUCAUUAAAAUGUUAAGAUUAGUAUUUAAAUACAUAGUGGUUUAAGAAAUUGUCUUGGUGCAGAGGCAUAGAUUAUUGUUAAAGGGAUUUGGAAGAUGGCCUGGUCAUGCCUGCACUGGUGAGCCAUUUGUGAGUGUUGAUAGUACACUUUGUGAUAUGUGGGAAGGGGGACAGAAAAGGUGGCAUUUCUUUGAUGAUAGGAUGUUAAAUGCAAAGGGUAAUUCUGAAGCAAUCUAAGAAUUGUACAUACACAUACAGCUGCACUGUAUCACUAGAGAAUGGUUAUUUUUUCGCUUUAGAAAAACAGAAAUGUGUCUUUUAAUAGGAGUGUAAUAAUGCUACCAUAUGUUAAGAGCCUACCCUUAAAUGUUGUGUUGGAGCUGUUUCAUCUUUAUAAGACAUUGACCAGGACACCAUGAUAGGGUAAAAACUCUUGCUUAAGGCCAUCUUAGGGACCAACUAGGCUCUGUGGCCUACAAAAAGUAGAGUUGAAAUGAGACUAAAAUCUAUAGGGAAACAUUUCAGCUGGUAAUCAAGGCUUUCAAUGGACAGAUCAUGCCAUAACUAAAUAGAUGAAAAGUACAGAAUAUGCUGCUUUAGCCGGAGCUUUUAAGCCUACCAAAAAAAUAUUAAGUCCAUCCUACGUUUUAGCAGUAGUAUGCUGGAAAGUUAUUGCUUUGCUAGUUUUCUUAGAUUAAGUGAGAAAAUAGAGCUUUUUAAACUAUUACCAAAUUGUAAAGGUGAAGUGCAGAGAAACUUUGCAGCAUUUGUCAGUACUCUAUCCGAGGUUGGCAGCACACACUUUGAAUGCAGCAGAGACUGUCUAAUAGACAUGGAAAUGCUAUGAAUGCUUGGUGGGUUCCCUACCUUUUCGCUCAUUUCUAAUAGCUGUUGCUGUGUUAAUACUGUGAAUAGUGCCUCCAGGUCGUCUAGGAGCCCAUCAGCACAAUUGUCUUUGCUGGUUCUCUCCUUUUCACUGGUCUAGACUAGAGCCAGGAGGUUCAUGAAAAUUCAAGUUUCCGAAAGCAAUUUUAGCUAGGAGAGAUAUUAUUAUUAUUCUGAAUACUUAUCCAUAUUCUUCUCCAAGUUCACUGUGAUAUUGCCCUAGUUCUUAGCUAACUUCAUGUAGGAGCAUAGGAGUUAGUAGUGUUCUAUCCACAUCAAUGAAUCACUAUAUUGUUGUGUGCACAGAGGAUACCUCUUUUAACGGUGUACUAAAUGACAUUAGCUAAUGCUGAAAAUGAUUACCAAAUCUUCACCUUGUAAAGGGAACUGCAUUAGCAAUGAGAGCUAAAUCAUCAAGUACUUUAAUGCCGAGAAAUAGCAAACACUGGGCCUGUUUUUAUUCAUUGAAUGGCUCUUCAUAGCAAAGGAGCUACCCAAUAUUCUCAGUAAACGAAGAGAGAGAGCAAUAUAGUCAUCUUCUUUCAUUCUAAGGAGAACCUUUUCUUUUCUCUGGACUCUGAUUCCAGUAAAAAUGCAGCAUUGGCCUGCGCAGUGACACUGUACUGAGGCAGAAAGGCUCUUUCUAAUGACCUGUUCUCUCUUUACUCAGAACCAUAUUUACCUCUGAACUGAGUUGAGUUUUAUUUUAUGUAACUUGCAAACCAUCCCAGAGCCAUUUCAUUGUACCAGAGAGUUACGGUAAAUCUAAUUUUGAAUAUGUAAAAUAACUUACUAAAGGAUAAAGAUAGAGAACCAAGGGAGAUGGCAAUUAAGGAAAGUUUUCUUGCUAUUUUGUUUUUUGGUGGUUUUGUUUUUUGUGGGGUAUGGUGAUUCUGUUUUUUGUAAGUAUUAUUAUUUUUAUUUUUUUUAAUGUUUCCAGUUCCCUCUACAUCUGUGAAAUGGGGUUUUCCAAAGAUGGUUUAACAUAUAGAAUUAAACCAUUUUCCUCUGAACUUCAUAGUUGAAAUUUGGCCUUGGCUGGAAAGUGGUCUGACCAAAGAGAACUUCAUCCUUAAUAACUGAAUAGUCUUUUACCAAGAAAUAACUUUUAAAAAGUGUUAGCUAUUACUUGACUCUGAUUUUGUUUCCUUUAACUAGUAAAAACUACCUUUUGUUUGACUAGAAGAUCUAAUUUAAAGAAAGCAAUGGCUAAUGGAAAGGAAAUUAAACAAAGACAAAAGUCUUCUGAAUCAUAGUGGACAGGCAUUUAGUCAGGAUGGAGUUUGAAUCCUGAAAGUUUUUUUUCUCUUAGAUACAACAGACAGGGUUUUUAUCUCUUCCUCACAUGUCCUUCUCCUUAUUUGUGUACUUAUUUGUUUAAGAAACAACAGAUAAGUCUCUACUGAACUCUAUCUUUUUACUUAUGCCUCAUGGGAAAGAGUGAAAAUAUUGAAGUAUUUUGGUUCCUGCAAUUUAGAAGGGACAAUAAGCAAUUAUGUCAGGUAAUCCCUAAAUUUCAGAGGCUGUCCCUAGGACUAUGAAUUAGGUCUGUGUUCAACAAACUGCAGCCCCCUGGUCAAAAGUGAUGGUGGACUAGGGCCACGCCUCUUCAUUUAAGUGUUGUUUAUGGCUACUUUCUACUACAAUUCAAAGUUGAGACCAGAUGGUCUGCAAAGCCUGAAAAUGCAGAAUUUACUGUCUGAAAUCUGACAGAAGUGUACCAGCUCCCAAUUAAAUUUGAUCACAUCACCCCCCAAAUUUGUCAGUCUUGCCAUUUUGCUUUUACAAAUUCAUAAGUCUAAAAGGGUUCUAAUUCAUAUUGCUAUAUAUGCAUGUUUCCCAAAAGAGUUAGCCAUCUUUUCCUAGUUCCUUUUCUCACAACCCUCCUUGUGCUCCUUAAUGGUUCCCAUUGCUUUAAGAACAUUUAGAAUAGUCAUUAGGAUUUGACCUUGCCUUAAGGGUGCAGGUAGAUUAAAGUUUAGGAUGGUUGUUAUAGAUAUAAACAAAUAAAUUUUUAAAACAAUCCCCAUGCAUAAUGUAAGGUUCAACGAUUACCAUGUUUACAUAAAAUAUGGUAAAAAAAAAAAUUUUUAUAAGUAAGUUUUGCCAUUCCUCUGAGUUAACUUGAACUGCCUUGCAUAAUGAUAGCAAGGGUGAAUUUAUUCCCACUAGUAUUAAAAUUGUAUUUCUGUUAGGAAUAAGUGGUUUGAUUCUUAUUCAAAGUACUGUUUUUCUAGAUUAGAAACCUCUAACUUUUCCUAUAUUAUAAAUCUUCAUUCUAAUUUCCUCAAGUAAACUUUGUUCCAUGUGUAGUGCUGAAAAGCCAAAUCUUCCUUUUCCCUUUUUAAUAUUUUAAAACAAUGAAACAUCUGAAGAUUGCUAAUUCUUCUUAGACCUAUCUUCCAAUUUCUAUUACCAACUAUAAUUCUUCUGAAUAUAUAUUGGGCCAUUAUAUAUUUGUUUAGUGAGUGUUCAUUCUUACGUUCAAAUAGCUUAUUGAUGCUAGAUGUGAAGAAAUUGGAAGGAAAAAAAAAAUAGAAAUCCUUGCAAAAGAAAAAUAUAGUUAUUCCCCAUUUGAAAACAAUACAUGGUCCUCUGCAUUAAAUGUACUUGUCUGAACAAAGGGUUGUAGGCCACGCUGGUGCAAUCCAGUGAGUUUGCCUCUCACUUUGUGGGUGUAGCUCCAUAAUACAUGCAAAGUUCAGAUGAGUGACCCAGCCACCUGAAGGACACUUCUUCACCAGGCAUUUUAUUCUUAGUUGCCUUUCUCUAAUGUGGAGAUUAGUAAAUUCUAUAUAAUACACCCUCUUAGUAAUAAGUAAUCUUCAUCGAUAAUAUCUGCCUACAUUUGUUCUGCCUUGUCUUAAAACACUUAUAUUAUAGUAAUAGUGGGUUUUUGGCAUUUUGGACUGUUGCUCUUCUGACUAUUUAAGACUCUUGAUUAAUCUGGGAUUUUGGACUUGUGAAAGAAAUUGGAUUCGGAUAUAUGAAUUCAGUGAAUCAUUUGCAUCCAUCCCUACUUGAGGUCUAUAGUAGAUGUCAUUUAAUGUAAAUCUGUUUAAUGUGAGAAACAGUGGAGUUUGCCAAGCAUUAUGACUUCUUUGGUAAUUAUCAGUUUUAUGUUUUGCCUUCUUUGUUUUCUAGUCUCAUUCUCUGAUUUCAGUCUUCUUAUUCUUUGGUGCUUUUCCUAGGGCCAGUCUUUUUGUUUUGCAGUAAGUGGGUUUUCUUGCUCAGAACAAGCCAAAGUUGGAUAUUUUGAAUACUUUAAAACACGUGACUUAAUUAAGUUCUAAAGGGUAUAAUUAUUGAUGGGAACAAUGAUAUCAAACUUAGAAAAUAUCUGUACAGACUGUCCAGUUUUGUUUUGUAAGCAGACUAUCUUUUCCCUUAACUGUGAGGAACAACGAUGACUUAGGAGGCAAUUAUUACUUGAAAUACACAUUUUCACAGAGGGUACAUAUAUAAAUAAAUUCCUUACCAUACAUCUCCCCAUUAUUUAUUUAACAAGUAUCUCCCAUCUUAACACAGUUAAUAAUGGCCCACCAGCUCAAAUAGUGGGAGCUUUAAACAUAAGCUACAUUAUAAAGGCAGAGCAGUUGUGUUAAAAAAAGAAAAUACUUUCCUAAUGCUUGCUUCUUUCAUGUCUACUCAGUCUUAUUGAAGUGACUAAAAUUCACUAUCCAGUUAAAAGAGAUUUAUGUGCAGCACCUCAUAUGGCAAGGGCACAAUUUAAUAGUACUAAUUAUUAAUUACUGUGAAACUUAGAAGUUGAAUUAACCUAUAAUACCAAACAUCAAAGUAUCUUAUAGGGAAAUGUUUAUUCUGUGAAAUCACCAUCUUAAGUAGUACGUAGCAUACAGGCAAAUUUGUGCCAUUAAGUAAAUAUUAAGUACUUUUUGGUGCCAGACAGUGUGCUUGGAAUUUGUAUAACAACAUUGAUUUUAGACGUAGUGUAGAUGAGGCUUCCUAUAGUAAUUGAGAGUCCUAAACCCACUUGGUUGGAGUCUGAAUGUAUGUUUUUUAAAACCUGCACUUUUUACUGCAUAGAGAAAAGAUCCAAGAGAAGGGGACAGAAUUAAUUAACCCUAUGAAGAAAAUAAUCCUAUAAAGUAAUAAUAGAAGAACUAAAAGUAGCUGACUUCUUUGAACACUUACUACGUGCCAGGCACAGUUCUGUGCUUCUCAUUGAUUGAUUCUUAUAAUCCUGUGACAAUCCUAUUAGGGUAGAUACUGCUAUUAUUUUCACUUUCGAGGGGAAGAAACCGAGACACAGGUUGACCCUGGUGGUCUCAUACAAGAGUUGAUACUCUUGAUAGACUAUAUUGCCUUUAAUAGGUAUAAUCAUACCACACUGUAUAGAUGAGGAAACUGAUGAGCCCAAGGUCACACCACGGAUAAACUGCACAGUCAGUAUUUGCCAGUCUGAUCCCAAAGUCCAAACUGUCUUCACUCUGUCAUGUUGACUGUAUAAUGAUAAAGGUUGGGAUGAACUGGGAUAUGCAAUAGCCUGUAACAGUACUGCUUAUAGUGAACUGUUAAUUCAAGAAUAUGUGAUUGGAAGAUAAUGCAGUUGAUCUUUGAGCAGAUGUUGAAUGGUGAGCAUUUUCUGGGGAUAUUAUUGCCCACUGAUUUCAAGAGUCACCCAUGUAGUAGGUCUAGUGGUGAAUGUGUGAAUGAGUUACUACCAAGGCAGAAAAUGAAAGCUAGCAUUCCACAUAUCUGUUGCUGAGUAACAGACUACCCGAACCUUCAGUGACUUAAAACAACUACUAUUGUACAUCUCUCAUGAUGUGGGUCGGAAAUUCAGGACAGGCUCAUCUAGGCAAUUCUCUUGCUCCCAGUGGUGACGAGUCAGGUCACUUCAUAGUAUUCAGUAAGUGGUUGGACUGGGUUGGAGUGUCCAAGACAACCUCACCUACAUGCCUCCACCUUUGCAGGAUGGUUCAGCAAGCCUCCUCUCCCUCGCUGGUGUCUUAGCAACUCUAUGUGGUCUCUCCAUCAGAGUAGUUGGACUUAUUCAGAAUGGCAGCUCAGGCCUCAAGAGGCUUCGUAGGAGGCAUCCUGUUAAGGCCAGGGUCACCACCAGACAGUAUUGGUCAAAGAAGUCACUGGUCAGCCCAGAUUCAUGGGGACAGGAAAUACCUUCCUACUUGAUGAAAGGCCUGUCAAUGAUUGGGGCCCGUCCUUAAUCUCUUAUAGGCAGCAUUCAGUUUUCUGGGUUUUUUUUUUACUGGUGUUGACUCUUCUCUGUUCAUUCAUUUAGGUCCAUUGCUUGUUCCAUAGACACCACUUAUUAUGUCUGGCAUUGGCCAUUAAAGGAGCUAGGAGAAUGAGACACAUACCUGCAACAGAUUUCAUUAUCUACCUGCCCCCGAAUUUCAUUUAUCUAACAGCAAAAUAUCCAUUUUUUCUCUUGUUCCAACUUGUGAGCUUUUGCCCAAUUCUUUGUUUUGUGAAGCCACAGAAACUGUGCAUGCCGAGACAGAAAUACUCCUGAGGGAGUGAAAAGCUUACUGUAACAGAACUGGAGAUAUCAGCUAUAUUUUAAGUUUAUAAGUAGGUGAAAACUCUCGUGGCAUGGGAAAUUUAUAUGGCUACCAAAUCUCUUUCAACAGGAGUUUCUGUUGAGCGGCUAGAGGACCGACCACAUUGUUGAAAUAAUUGUAAGUUUUGCCUGUGUAUCCUAAUCCCAUCGUCACUGCCAUCCACCUGCUCUGGCUGAGUUUUGUGCUAGGCGAUGAGUAGGUUCGUCCCACUUUUAAUACCUUUCAUAAGGAAAACCUAUUGCCCAAUUUUACAUUUUGUUAAUCCUUUAAAGUUACCAGUUGCUGCCAACCUCUCUUAUCUAAAAUAACAGAUCAUUGAAGUUUUGUUAGAUUUAGGAUGCUUUAUUUUAACUCCUGCUGGCUAAUAAUAAUUAGACUCGUAACUGCCAUCACAAGAAAUAAAGGGAGAAUAAAUUCUGCAACAAAAUGAUCAUCCUCAAGUCAAUACACUUUUUAAGAGAAGAAAGGUUUGGGAUUGUCCAUCCAUUCCUUGUGCAGUGGAUCCCUGAAGUUAGCUGGAGGGGUUCUAGUUGGCCACCCAAUUAUCAUACAGUAAAGGGAGCUCUGUCCUUAGGCCAGGCCUCAGGAAUUGCAAAUAUAGAGAAAAAGGAACACCCAGGGCUGAAGAGUUAGUUUAGGGCCCUACAGAAUGCUGGGAAGGAAAAGAGAAGACUUUGGAUAGGCUGGGAGGGCGUGCUUGGAGGCAUUUAGGCAUCAAGAUUAAUUCGAUUUUAUCAUGCAAAGAUUGGGGCAGAUUUUAAUGAAGAAAAAUAAAGGAGUCUUAAAAUAUUCUUUUUGAUGCACAUUUCCACUCAAAGUCUGCUCUUUGUGAUAGAGAAAGCUUUUGAAAAGAUUUCCAGAGAAUGAAAACUCAUGGUAAUCUAUGGAAGUGUCUCUCGGUCUGGAUUUUCUAGCUCUCCCGGCCCUUCUCUAGGCUCUCGGUGACUUAAAUUUGGAAUCAUCUGAUGAUUAGAUGAAACUCAAUCCUGAGGUUUUGAAUUGCAAAAGAGAACAGAGAAGAAAGGGAAUCUGUAGAUUGACAAAAUAUUUGUUCUUUUUUUUUUUUUUUUUCAGCAUCACAAGUCUAGACCAUAACAAGCCCAAUCACAACAGCCUAAGUGAGUAGAAAAUUCCUUAAGGGUGUUUAGAUUUCUGCUGGUAGCUGCAUCCUUAAAGCAGAUAUUUAUGUCAUGAGAAGGCGAUCUACUGAGUUUCCCAUAAGGUAACAGAAUCCUAACUCUAGUGGUUCUUUAAGAACCACUACAUAAACCGAAUUACAACACUGGGAACAGAGCUUAAGCUGUGUUUCCUCGGAAAGCCACGAUGCUGAAACGGCGCGCUGAGUGUGACAAAUCACCUCUAGAAUGGCUGUCAGCCAGACAGCAGAGACUUUAGAAUUUUUAUGGUAUUUGUAAUAUUUUUACAAAAAAUGAUUUUAAAUCAUGUAAUUUGAAGUUUUAAAAAAUGAGCCUGUUUUCUUUUUGGAAAACUGGCCCAAUAAAAAAAUAACACUAAUAUAAUUCACUUGUAUAUGCAUGUGCAUUGAACACAGAGUGGUAUACUAAAGAGAGUUCAUGCAAAUAACUUGUGGGUAGUUUGGCUAUUUUCUUAAUAUCUUUUUUCAUAAAUGUAUGUUUAUAAAUAUUUACUCAUCAACUAUGACCUUGGUAGCAUUAGAAGCAUUUUGUUAGUUGUAUCAUGGAUUCUAAAAAUCUCAUUCUUGGCACAGUAGGCUAUGAGAGCUUUUUGUUGCUUUGUUUGUAUUUUGGCUAAGAAAAUGAUUUCUUGCACUUUCUGUUUAUAAAGAUGCUAUGACACGUUGCACCCACUUGGUACAGCUAUUCUUCAGAGAUAAAGAUGUAGGUGCUAAAGUGAAAUGUAUGUUUAAAAGCCUGGCAAAAGGAGGGACCUCAAAGUAACCGAUUUGGCUUACAUCUUCCUGAGAAGAGCUGGAGUGCAGAAUAAAAUUGGGACUGAAAGCAGCUGUUAGGUUAGGCGUGCUGCUGCUGCAAGUUGCAAUAUUGUUGUGAGUGGCCAGCUCCGGGUCUGUGAUUUCAUGUAUGUAUGUGAGACCAAGGUGUCUGAUGAAGGCAGAUGAGUCGAUGUACACUACCUCCCAUUAAAGACUGAGCAUAUUCCAAGGUUGCCCCGCAACCCCUUUGGCAGGAGGCUGGAUUCCUCAGCCACUGUCCCCCCAUUCUUUCUCGUAUUCACUUCAGCUCCUCUACCUCUGAGCACUCGGCUGAAGAGAGAGUGUAGCUUUCUGUAGCAAGCAAAGGAAAGCCAGACCCAAAAUAGAGAGGCUGCCAGGUCCCGUUCUCCUUGUCAAGUUAGAUGUCAGUGUUUGUGUUGUUGCCCAGAUCCAAGUGUCAGAAGACUUGGGGCAGUGCUUUUACCCGCUGGCUUCUACUUGGCAGGAGUAGUCAGUGGAAGUGGAGCCUUUCUGUUGUUUUCAAAGAUGCACCCAACUCCUUUUAAUGAUGUGAAAAAUGUGUCUGAAUCCUGUGUUGUUGUUGUUUUCAGUUGCCAUUUUGCAGUCCAUUUUGGGGGGACUGGAAUAAAAACCAUAUUUUCCUGGUAAUGAGCCUUCUGCCAACAUCUUGACAUAGAGGUGAGGAUUACAUGGCCUUCUGGAGGGCCUGUUUUGCUUUUUUGUCACUCCAAAGAGAGACAUUCCUAUUUUUAAUGCCGGUACUGUUACAAUAGUCAGGAUGGCCUCACUUGAAUGUUGUGGGUGUCAGAAAAUGUAAUUUUAAUAGUAAAAUACCACUAGGCAAGCCACCUAAUCUUGAAGUCCAGCUGUUUGGGGCACUGGUACACUGAGCCACAUCAGGCCACCUCUCCUUGGAACAUCUCUUACAGCUGGGGAAGGCCACUGGCCCUUUAAUAGGUAUCCUGGAAAGCUUCCGCCUUUUCUUUCUAAUGCACUGGCUGGUCCUGAUGUCUAAUUAGGAGUGAAGAUGAGAGAGAGUGAUCCAGUUUCAUAUUUUUAGAAGUUGGCUUCUUUGUUUUAGGUACCAGCUAAUAAAUAUUCAUUUACCCAGUAACUGAGUAGGACAAGUGAUGAUACCAACAGUGUGAAAUUUCAAAUAAUUAGACAAGCAUUACUUCAUAGGUGACAACUGAAUACAGUACGAAUCCUGUAGGAGAUGAGGCAGUAAAAUCAAUGUGAAUCUAUCCACCACAGCUAUGUUUUGUAUAACUGUAAAAUAAUUGUCAGUGUAUACGCCAGGCUGAUAUCUUGGACUCAGGAAUUAACUCUGCUUAAGAAAAUUCUCACUUCUGGCUUGUCUUUUGUUUGGGCCCAGAUUCUGUCCUAGGCCGGUCCCCCGCUGUUUUGCUAUACCACAUGCUUAAGGUAGUCUUACCUAAAGUCAGUAAUUUACUGUUGAUGGUGCAGCCAGUACAGCUAAAGUGAUUUCCUUAAAAACAGAACAAAUACAACAGUGAGAAACACCUACUAGAUCAUUCCUUUGAGGCAUGUUAAAUCUGUGAAUUGGGAGGAAGCAUGGAGACUUCCAUUUCUUCCCUGUGACUUGGGUGAACACUGGUCUUACUGCUUUCUAGUUUAGAGCCAGUUGACUUGGCCUGUAGACCUCCCUCAUCAGAUACCUUUAUUGAUAACCUUUAUUGAUACCCGAGGCAUGGCUCUGAGUUUAAAGCUUAUGGUGGGUGGGCCAAGACUCAGGCGUUACAAUAGAUCGUCCAUUUGUCCUCAGAGUCAUUCUGGAGAGAGAUGUUGCCAUCCAUUCCAUUCCUCUCUAUACGAUACAAAGUCUGCAUAAGUAAACAAAGCAUAUUUUUAAAGUCUGGUCUCUAGAACCCACUUUCCUUUACAUAGAUGAUUUGAGUGGAGGUUUCUCAGUUCUGCCUCUAAAAUAGAACCCUUGACCUUAUUAUAAGAGCCAAGCCACGCCACCUAGGGGGGCCUCUAUUUGUAAAAUAACUGAGAAGCAUUGUUAAAGUCAGUGCAGAGAAAAGGCCCUUUCUGGGGUGAUCAACCUCUUAGCUGGCUUCUAUGUAGGAUGUCUAUGUAAAGUGUCUUUCCUUCUUCCUUCUUUGUGAAUGAAAUGCACAAGAUAAGGUUUAAAUGUUUCUGAAUUUUAUAAGAAAUGUGAAAUAAUCAUUUUAGCAUCUUUGUUCCAGGAUGUCAAAGAUCUAAUCUAGUAAUUCCCAAAUGAGGUUUCAUAUCUUUCCUUCUCUCCACCGCAGUAGUAAAGGUACCUGCCCAUGGCAACCUCACACAUGGUAAUGGAAGGGAGGAAACUGUUUGAUUUCCCAUAAAAAGUGAGAGCCACUGUUCAAACUAAGGAGCUACCCAGUAAUUUCUAAUUCAUGAAAGCAAUUUGUGUUUCAGAGCAGGUUCUCUCUUGAGAGAAUUCUGGGCACCAUAGAAAUUCGUUCAUAUAUUGCCUACAAAUAGCUGAUCGUUUAAAUUUCAAAUAGCUGGUGCAUUUGAGAAGAAAAAGUGGGUCAAAAAGGAAAGACUGGUUAGUGCAGAGGACUGAAUUAGCAUCAGGCUAUGAAAUCUCAUUACAGUAACAUUAAGGCCCGGCUAUUUGCUUAGCAUGCAAAUUCUGCAGUGUCACUUAGAGAAAACGCCUCCUUUGCCUUAGAAAGCAUGUGAAGGCUUCCUGAUACUGGGUGGAUGGAAAGCGGCAGCCUUUGGGACUUGUCUGCAUCGGGAGAGUGGCCCUGGGGUUCUCCUGCUGAAGAGCAUUGUGGAGUACUGUGAAAUGUUGUUGAACUUUAUGCAAAUCAUGCCGCACUGGAUUUUAAGAUUGGGAGUGGGGGCAGUGGAAGAGGAUGGGGAAGGUAUGAUAAAAAAUAGAUGUAUUUAUGAACUUGUACUGUAUUUUAAGCAAGAAACAAAACAUUCCCUAUCAGGACUGUGAUGUUCUGUCAAGUUCUUCUGCCCUCCUGGGUCAGCUUGCCGAUUCCUUUGAAACCUCUAAGAAGUCCUUUUGGAAGCAGCUAACCAGAGGCUAGUCUGACCACAGUUUCAUCACCUGCCCCAUCCCCCUCCUCUCAACAAAAGUAAGACGCUCCCAACCUCUAGGCAGAAGCAAUGAGUUCUGCCUCAGCCUCUCACUUUUCGUCUGCUGUGGUCUGUGUUCACAGGCUGAGCCCGCUGCUUUUCUUUUCUUUCUUUCUUUUUUGUGAUCUCAUGGCAGACCUUAAAGAGCACUGCCAGUUCAAUCAGGAACCAAGGGCUUCUUUCAGAAAUCUGAAAACUCUCAGUUUGGGGCAGUUCAGCAUAUGUGAGGAAAGGGAAAAGUAGAUUGAAGAGAAGGAGAGAAGACUGAGGGUUCAGACAGAAGAGUCGUGUAGCCAAAACUCGGUUUCUGUCAGAUGGACGUGGUCUGGAAGAAAUCUGUUCUCUAUGGUGCUUAUCUGCUGGGUGACACUGUCCCCACCCACUGUCCCUGGCAUUGUGCCUUCCCACUGGUCACUGUGAAAAGCAGAUCACACUGGACUCAGAGGCCAGACUCCAGGACAAUUCCCCCUCAUUCUGAGCCCAUCACUUCUGCAUACAGCUAAUGAUGUAGCACUUCGUUCUCUUUGGAAAACUCUUGGGAUUGAUCCCCCAAGAAAUAGUAAAUGGUUUUCCUACUAAAAGGAAAAUAGUGGUAGCUAUCAAAUAAGGAGAUUACAGGGAAGUUUCACUUCUCCUCGGCUGAUACUGAUUGAUAGCAAGCACCUACCAUGCCCCCUCCGCCUGAGUUUUUAAAAGCUACCAUAAUAUUUGUAAGCAACAGACUUACCCUAACAUUUUUUCACAAUUUGCUAAUCAAGGAUUCAUAUUAAAACAGACAAUCAGUUUCUAAAAUGCUGUUAUCCCUGAAAGGGAAUGAGGUCGUUUGUAACUAUGAGAACCUAUCAGUCUGUUUUUUCCCUUUGAAAAAACUAAACCUUGUGGUUUGUGUCUUUCAUCGGCAGCGACUACUCCAGGUCGCUUCAAGAUGCCUCAGACAAGUCAGUGAGCAAGGCUCGUGCCCUUGCACUUCAGAGGGUGCCUGGCUGGUUUGCGCAUCUUAUUUCCUUAGAGAGUAUUGAUUUUUAUUAUGACCUUAAUUAUAAAUACCUAUAUAUAGGAAUAGGAUUUCCUCUCACCCCACCCUCUUUUAAUCACUAUCACUUAAGUGUAAACCACACCCCCACACACCCCUUUUUACUGAAAAAUGCACUUUAAUUCCUAAGGACAGUGGCUGUUUCCAGCCCUAAAGCCAGAUUACUUCAGGAGGAGAGUUGAGGAGAGAGAACUCUUUUGCCAGGCAGACAGACCCUGUGAAAUGAACCAAAUUCCUUAAUGCAAACACACAACUAAAAACAUCCAUUUUUAAGCUGCCCCCACCCCCAGCCAAAGG